CCUCUCUCUACUUUCUAUUGCUACUCUCAUCAACCCUACACACUUACCAUCGCUACGAGUAUCCAGUGUCACCAACAUGAAUUCCGGGUUUCCACCUGGAGUCAUUGCAAGGCUGUUCAAGGGCAUGACAAUACGUGUCCAAGGCAGUGAUUACUUGCUUGGAAGAGCCAUCUCUGAGGGCUACGACCAAGACCUCGCACAACUGGUAGCGGUAUUCGAAAGUACAAGACUCACUGAUCAUGAAACUGUCGUUCUUAAGCUACGAAUCCAACUAGAUCCAGAGUCAAUUCCGGAGAGAGAUCGGGCUGGAAGGCUAUGGAUGGCUACAAACUGGUUUAGGGAGGAAGCGCGGCUCCUUAGAGAGUGCCAGUCGAUAGAACACAGGACGCCACACUUCUAUAGUCAAGAGGAGCUUGUUCAGGGGGCUAGUGGUUUCUUUCCUGGGGGAUACUUACACGUUAUUGCGAUGUCAAAGGUCCCUGGAAAAGCGGUGACUUCCUACAAGAAGUUCACUGAAAGCGAGAUUAUUGCUAUGCAGCACCAACUUACGGCUACACUCGAACAUAUGCGUGUUCGAGGGUGGCGUUAUAGCAGCCCCAAUCAAGAUGAUCUGUUCUUCGAUCGCAGCACCAUGCACCUAUCCCUGGUAGGGCUCUCUGGUAUCGGGCCUACACAGCCGAGGUCAAAUAUGACAAUCACGCCAACAUCUUUCGAUGUCACAUCAUUCGGUCUAAACGCUUUACCACACACUAAGGGGGAUUAGCAGAUCUAGAUUGUUUAGUUCUAUAUUUAGACGCCCAAAGGAAUUACUGCGAACAGAUAAUAUGACAGAUCACCUGCACGGACUUUAUGCGCUGACAUAUAUUAGAAUAGUAAAUGUGUAUGGGAUAAUUUGCAAUGUCGAACAAUAAAC